AUGUUGACAAUCACUAACAUUACUUGGCUGGACCUACUAUACCUUACGGCCCUUACUGGUGUCGGAGUCUAUCUGGUAAAGCAGGUGAUCAUCAAAAAGAAUCCUGCACCAUAUCCACCUGGUCCCCGGGGGCGGCCUCUCAUUGGCAACAUUUUAGAUAUGCCUGGCAUCAAGCCCUGGCUCACAUUUACUGAGUGGGGUCAGAAGUAUGGUAAUAUCACGCAUAUCGAGGUGUUGGGUCGGCAUAUCAUUGUACUAAACUCUGUCAAGACAGCAAUGGAAAUGAUGGACGGUAAAAGUACUUUGUACUCUGACCGUCCUAUUCUUCCUAUGGCUGGCGAACUUGUUGGCUGGAAGGACUCUUUGCCUUUUCUCCCAUACGGUGACCGUUUUCGCCGGUACCGCAGGAAUUUCCAUCGCGUCAUCGGCAGUCGCGCCGCAGUGGGCGUAUACAACGAGAUCGAGGAGGUUGAAACUCGUCGAUUCCUGAAGCGUGUGCUUGCGAAACCCGACCAACUGGAAGAGCAUGUCCGACAUACUGCUGGCGCGAUCAUUUUGCGCAUUUCUCAUGGUUACGAAGUGAAAGAGAACAAUGAUCCCUUCGUUGACCUUGCAAACCGCGCUCUAGCCAAUGUAUCGCAGGCCACAGCUCCCGGUGCCUUUAUGGUUGAUAUUUUACCAUCCUUGGUAAAGGUCCCUGCGUGGUUCCCUGGUGCUGGCUUCAAGCGCAUAGCACGUAAAUGGCGUGAGACCCUCGAAGAGAUGGUGUCUGCACCCCACAAGUCCGUGAAGGAUCAGAUGGCUGAUGGCGCCGCCUCCAUGUCUUUCACCUCGAAUCUCCUAGAAGGCCGUGAUAUGUCUGCGGAAGAGGAUCACGCUGUGAAAUGGUCUGCUUUUUCCCUAUACAGCGGUGGUUCUGACACGACUGUUUCUGCAAUAUAUUCGCUUUUUCUAGCUAUGACACUUUUUCCUGAUGUGCAGAAGAAAGCUCAGGCUGAAAUCGAUGCGGUUGUCGGUCCUGACCGUCUUCCCACCUUCACCGACCGAGACUCCCUCCCCUAUACCGAUGCACUUGUCAAAGAAGUCCUCCGCUGGAACGUUGUCACCCCUACAGGUUUCCCCCACUGUGUGACUGAGGACGAUAUCCAUGACGGGUACUAUAUUCCAAAAGGCUCCUUAGUAAUGCCUAACAUUUGGUUCAUGCUCAACGAUCCACGGACAUAUGCUAACCCCUCGCAAUUCAACCCUGAACGCUUCUUGGCUAAAGAUGGAAAAGAACCCGAGAUGGAGCCUCGCACAGUCUGCUUCGGAUUCGGUAGACGUAUUUGCCCAGGCCUCCACCUCGCUGACGCCUCCAUCUGGAUAUCCACUGCAAUGUCACUGGCCGUAUUUGACAUCUCAAAGGUUGUCGAGCGUGGCGUUGAGAUCACACCUGAGGUUGAUUCAUUACCAGGUUCAGCGAGCCACCCCAAGCCCUUUAAGUGCUCUAUCAAGCCUCGCUGUGCAACUGCCCUUGAGCUCAUUGAACAAGACGUUAACUACUAA